AUUGGGACAAACCUCAAUGGCGCGGGUAAAAAGGUUAAAAAUCCAGUUUCGCAUGCGUCAAUUAGCAUUAGGGGAAAUUUGUUGGAGUAAAGUGUUCCUCUCCUUUUUAGAUUUUUGAGCGGGUUAAGUGUAUGACAAUUGCCUCAAAAGAUGAAAAAACAUUGAUUAUAUGAUAAACCAUGACUUAUACAACAUAUUGCUUGUUUAUAGCCUCUGUAACUUCCUUGAUAUUUUUUAUUACUGAUUACUAUAGUGGUUAAUAUACGACAUAUACAACAGGAAACGCUUAUAGUCAAGAAGGAUAUAUUCUCAUUGGCUUUUAUGUAGAUUAUCGAGCUUUAAGUGUAGGUCCUCAUAAAAUGUUCUAUUAGUGACAAAACGUGAUGUUUAAAUUUCGAACAUGAUGUUAAAUUUAGAAAGAUAUUCUGGAUAUUUCUUUUGAAUUAAAAUAUCACGAUGUUUGUGAUCGUUACGUAGCAUAUAAAAGCGCGACCUGCGUUUUCGUCAACCAGUAGUCAACUGAAGAAGAUUUGGAGAUGAGGACUCUAAUUCUGUUGGCAUUGCUUGGCUUUGUACUGGCCUUCAGCUUUGCUAUUCCAUUCAACGGAGAUACUGCUGAAGUAUAUGAUGCUGAAAGCAACAAUCUUGCGAAGGACUUCCAAGGAGAAGUAAAUAAAAGGUAAGAAAAAAACGAAGCUUUUCUUCUUGUUAGUGAUAGAUUUCCAAAGAAAAUUAUAGCUUAUCUGUAAAAAAUUAAAAUACUCCCAAUUUUCUCAAUGUAGUACAUGUAUCCGUUUUCUUUCUUUCCUUUCUUCUAUUUUUCCUCUUCUUUCUAUCUUUUUUUUCCUCUCCUAAAUACAUGUAGGUUCAGGUAAAGUUGUCGAGUUUCUGAUCUAGGAUAUAUAAACAAUUGCAAAAAAUAUAAAAAUUCUUUGUUAAAAUAAAGUAAUGUGUUUUAAAAAUCAAACUUGAUAGACUCUGCCUGAAAAUAAGAAAAUUCCUGGUUGAUAAUUUUGUAAGCGCACGUUUUUCAUGCAUCAGUUGUUUCUUCCCCCCACAGGUGCUAUGUUACUCAGUUAAAAAUAGAUAUUAGUAAAUAUUAAUAUGGUAAAGUUAUGUAAACGUUUUGUUCAGUGAAACUUCUUCACUUUUCUGGCUAUGUACUCCACUUUACAGUGCACCUUAGUUAUGAAAAACUUUGAAACUGGAUCGUGUGCGUUUGUAGGCAAACAAACUCACUUGAUGUCUGGAAAGUGAAUUUAUAAAAUAUUUUCAAUAAUAAGAUUUCUCGGUCAUCGUACAUCCGACGAUUGCGUUUAAUUAUAGGUAAAUCACUCGACUUAACUUUUGAUAGUUCCACAAGGUUUAGUUUCCAGUUUGAUUUUUUGGAUCAAUAUAUACAGUUUGGAUCCACCUGAAAGGAAAAAUGAUUUGCGAACGAAUAUAAAAAUUUAAAAUAAUAUAAUACAAUUAAAACUAAAUACCGAACAUCCUUUACAUUUGCCUUACUGUAGGAAUGAAGAUACAGAAAACAGAAAUGGAAACAAGGAAGACGAAGACGAAGAAGACGAUGACCAAAACGUUUAUGCUGUACAGCAGUUAGAAGAUGAUGACGAGGAACUGGAAAACGAAGAUGAGAAUGAAAACGCUUUGACCAAUCAAGGGAAUGAGGUUGAAGAUCCUAUCUGGCCUCUUCUCAUUGGUCGCGCAGUAUUUAGACGUUUCCGCCGACGUAGGGGUCGGCGCGGGGGCUGGCGUCGCCGACGCAGAGGCCGCCGUGGGGGUUGGCGUCGCAGACGUAGAGGCCGACGAUGGGGUUAA